GCGAUCAGCUGCCUGCCUCCUGCACACCUCCUACUGGGGAUGUGCCCGCAACCAAGAAAAGCAAUUUGAUUUGAGUAUUACUGACUAUGCAGCCUGCAAUUCAAGUGUGGUUUGGAGAAGACCUGCCUCUAAGCCCGCGGAGCCCUCUGACCCCCAGACACGGGCCAGGUUUGGCUGAUGUUUGUCAGUAUGAUGAGUGGAUAGCUGUGAGGCACAAAGCCACCCUGUUGCCCAUGCAAGAAGAUCUGUCAAUCUGGUUAUCUGGUUUGUUAGGUAUUGAAGUUAAGGCAGAAAGAUUACUGGAAGAGCUUGAUAAUGGAGUGCUGUUAUGCCAACUGAUUGACGUUCUUCAGAACAUGGUGAAAGCCUGCAGCUCUGAAGAACCAGGGAAUUUUCCAAUGAGAAAAGUGCCCUGUAAGAAAGAUGCUGCCUCUGGUUCAUUCUUUGCUAGAGACAAUACUGCGAACUUCCUUCACUGGUGUAGACACAUUGGGGUUGAUGAGACAUACCUCUUUGAAUCUGAAGGUUUAGUUUUGCACAAAGAUCCAAGACAGGUGUAUCUUUGUCUUCUUGAAAUUGGUCGAAUUGUGUCAAGGUAUGGGGUUGAGCCACCAGUGUUAGUAAAACUUGAGAAGGAAAUUGAGUUAGAAGAGACCUUACUUAAUACUUCUGGGCAUGACGAUUCCAUCAGCAUCCCUAAAUCGUGCUGUCAGCAUGAGGAGCUGCAUGAAGCUGUUACACACAUUGCUGAAGAUCCCCCUUGCAGUUGUUCUCAUCGGUUUUCUAUUGAAUACUUAUCUGAAGGACGGUACCGACUAGGAGAUAAAAUACUCUUUAUAAGAAUGCUUCAUGGAAAACAUGUCAUGGUCCGUGUUGGUGGAGGCUGGGAUACUCUUCAAGGAUUUUUGCUUAAAUAUGACCCCUGUCGAAUAUUACAGUUUGCUACACUAGAACAAAAAAUUCUAGCAUUUCAAAAAGGCGUUUCUAGUGAAAGUGUGCCCGAUUCACCUGCCAGAACACCGCAGCCUCCUGAAAUGAAUCCGAUGUCAGCAGUGAGCAUGAUUCAGAAAGAAAAAUCCAAACCGGGCACGCCCGUUGGUUUUCCAAGGAGCAAAGAAAAGCUGCCAGCACCUUCCCUAAAAGGAGGUCACCCGGGCUCCGUGUCAGUCCGUUCAAAAACGCCACAGCCCCCAGCAGCAUCUUCUCAUCUCAAACUCACAUCUUCAAAAGGCACAGCAAGGAAGCCACAGGCUCCUUCCCACAACGCAGCGUCUUCACUUGCUUCUUUAACUUUAGGAGGUAAAAGCACUUCUUCCCCAGCCUUACCAAGAACUGCACCUUGUGGCUCUGAGCCAUUGAGAAAAUGUAUCUCAUCACCCAACGCUCCGAAGGCCAAGUUGACUCCAGCCCAGAAAUCAAGAGAUGUGCCCAAGUCUACACUUUUGCCAAAUAAGUGUUCAGGAAAAACGGAACUAAAGCAUUUGAAACACAAUCAUAUAUCCUCCAGGGAUAAUGCAGUAUAUCACUCAGCUGCACAUUUGAAUUCAUCAUCAAAGUGUCCAAAGCUACCUAAACCUUCUCCUUCUGUCCAGUCGCCUGCAGAAAUGACGAAACCCAGUUCCAAAACCGUAACCCCAGGUCUAGGAACACGCUCUCAGCCUUCAGAUGGAGCCCCGCAAGCAGGGGCCGUGCCCGCACAGAAACUUAAGUCAGCCUUGAACUUAAACCAGCCACUUUCUGUAUCCUCAGUCGCUCCUGCAAAAGCACAGGAAUCGAAAGAUAAGAAGAUAGUUUCAGUUGCCAAAAAGCAGCCUCAGAAUAUAAGUACAUCCCAGAAGACAGGCCCCGGCUCCUCAAAGUCCCCCGGGCGCACCCCGCUCUCCGUCGUGAGUCUGCCCCAGUCUUCUGCCAAAGCACACACCGUGUCCAAGGCAGCACAGACUGCCUCCAGGAGCCCGCACUCAGCCAGGGGGCCUCCCAGAGGUGGCAAAGCCCCGGCUUCCACCAGGAAGCCACCCUCAUCCGUUAAGGAAGCAGGGAGUGGGGAUAAAAAGCCUACUGCAAAGAAAAAGGAAGAUGACGAUCACUAUUUUGUUAUGACUGGAAGUAAGAAACCUAGGAAAUAAAUACAAAUGUGUCAUUUUAAAAAAACAGAAAAAGAAGAGAGGGAAUGUGUUAGCUUCACAGGUUAAAAAGUUCUGUUGUAUUUGUCCAAAUGGGU